ACUUCUGCCAGAGCAAAUUUGCAGUUUUUGGUGCGCCGAAGAAGCAGUGAGAUUCCAUUCGUGUAUCACGCAGCAGUGAAAAAAAAUCUGCAAUCAUGUCGCUGGUUUCGCACAUUCUGCGCCGUUCCAUCUCGCAAUCAAUUGCCCGCAAUGCCCAGGUCGGUGGACCGUCUGCCGUGGCUGGCCAUGAAGCCGGAGGCUACAAGGUGUGGAAGAAGCUAUCGUUCUUCGUGGCCAUGCCCGCUGUCGGCCUGUGCAUGCUGAACGCUUACCUGAAGCACCAGGAAGAGCACGGACAUCCGCAACCGGAGUUUGUCAAGUACGAGCAUCUGCGCAUCCGGAACAAGCGUUUCCCGUGGGGCGAAGGCAACAAGAGCCUGUUCCACAACCCGCACACCAACGCACUGCCGGACGGUUACGAGCACUAGAGUGAUGAGGCACGUUUAGACGGAAGGCGCGUUCUUCUUUCCCUUUAUCGACCCAAACAUCCGGGGAGUUCAACAAAAAGGAAAGCGAAGAACCGCUUCCCAGCCGGCAAAUAGUGUUGUUUAAAUAAAUUCUGCGAUCGAGUAUGAUACAAUAA